AGUGCACACUCCUAGUCUAGGCCUGUUUCCAAGAGUAUUACAGCUAGAGUUUAUGUUAUACCUGGCACUCUGCAAAAUAUACGCCCAAUGGAAGGGGAAACAGAACCAUCUGUAAACAGAGGGGAAAAUAUGAAGGCUGUUCUAAAUUCUUCUUGGUCUUGGCUGCCUCAGGAUAUCUCUCAGAUUUUUCACAUCAUGGUUAUUUUGAGCCUUACCUAUUUGUUUCUGGAAGCCAUCCAGCUAUAUCGGAGGAAGCAGUAUCUGGCCAAAGUUCUCAGUUGUUUUCCAGGACCUCCCACCCACUGGCUGUAUGGUCAUAUCAAAAUGAUGAAAGCAGAGGAAGAGCUCCGGAACACAGCAGAAUGGACAGAAAAAUACCCAUAUUGUCAUCCAUUAUGGUUUGGAGGAUUCUUAGCGUUCUUGAGCAUCAACCAUCCUGAAUAUGCAAAGGUGGUGUAUAGCAGAGGCGAUCCCAAACCACUUAUAGCAUACAAGUUCCUGAUUCCAUGGAUUGGAAAGGGGUUACUGAUCCUCAAUGGGCCAAAGUGGCAGCACCACCGAAAGCUGCUGACUCCCGGAUUCCAUUACAAUAUUCUGAAGCCUUAUGUGGCUCUCAUGGCAGAAUCAGUCAAGGAGAUGCUGGAUAGAUUGGAAAAGAUGGUCCUCAAAGACACCACAGUGUCAGUGGAGAUGUUCAAAUAUGUGGCUUUGAUGAGUCUUGAUACCAUCAUGAAAUGUGCCUUCAGCUACCACAGCAAUUGUCAGACAGACAGGAAUUAUUCCUAUGCUAAUACUGUCUUCGACCUCAGCUUAAUGGCUAUUCAGAGAUUGAAGAACCCUUUGCACCACAGUGAUCUCAUUUACUGGUUCAGCUCCCAAGGGCAUCAGUUUCGCAAGGCUUGCAGACUAGCCCACCUUCACACUGAUAAUGUAAUACAAGAGAGAAAGAAGUCUCUCAUGAAUGAGAAAGAACUUGAAAAGAUCUUGAAGAAGAGGCAUUUGGACUUUCUGGAUAUUCUUCUUUAUGCAAAGGAUGAAAAUGGAAAUCCAUUAUCAGAUGAAGAUGUACGUGCUGAGGUGGACACGUUCAUGUUUGAAGGUCACGAUACGACGGCUAGUGGACUCUCUUGGCUCCUGUAUUGUAUGGCCCAGAACCCUGAACAUCAGCAGAAAUGCAGAGAGGAGAUAAAGGAACUUCUUGGGGAUCAGGAGCUUAUUCAAUGGGAUGACUUGGGAAAGAUGUCCUACACCACCAUGUGCAUUAAAGAGAGCUUUCGGCUUUACCCUCCAGUACCCAUAAUAGGACGAGAGCUGAAUUCACCUGUAACGUUUGCAGAUGGACGGACUUUACCAAAAGGGUUUCUAGUUGCACUGAAUAUUUAUGGUCUUCACAGAAACCCUAAGGUUUGGGACAAUCCUGAGGUCUUUGAUCCUCUCAGAUUCUCCCCAGAAAAUUCAAAUAAUCGACACCCAUUUGCUUUUCUUCCUUUUGCUGCUGGGCAAAGGAACUGCAUUGGACAGCAGUUUGCCAUGAACGAGAUGAAAGUCGCUCUUGCCUUGACGCUUCUGCGCUUUGAACUUUUGCCUGAUCCUUCCAACUCCCCCAUUCCCGUAUCACAGCUUGUCACACGAUCGAAGAACGGGAUAUAUCUGAAGUUGAAGACUGCGCCUACUGAUGCUUGACGUUACCCUAGUGCCAUGCUUUGGUACUCUUAAUACCUGGCAACAGAUAUUGGUAGGCACUAUACAUAUCAAUACUAUUCAAUGUACACCUGCUCUUUUUACGGAAUAGUUCAUAUCCUGAUGAUCAUGGGAUGAAAUUGUUGUCAUUCCGGAUAUACAGAAGUUGUGUCCAAAUAUGGAUUCCUCCAGUAUUUUUAGUCUUCUGCUAUCAUGUUUUUGCAAGAAAGAUUGCUUUAUAGUUUUUAAUCCAAGUAUAUUAUAUUGUCUACUGCAAUCCUUUUAGACCAGUUGACUAAUCACUCCUAUCAGUCCAGGCUCACGUCUUUACGGAGGUGCUUUGGUGCUGCCAGGCACCUUUCACCCACACUUGCCUUCCUUCUCGGCAUCUGCAUGGCAAGGAAGGCAAGGAAGAUUUUUCCUGCCUGGUGCCUCUUGAAAAGUUUUUUAAAAAACAAAAAUGGGAGGGGGUAAGGAAUGGGGCCAUUCCUCCCCGCUUUUUAAAAUUUAAUGAGCUGCACCUGCGGAGCUCCGCAGAUUCAUAUAAGGGGAAAAAUAAAGGUAAAGGAAUGAGGCAGCAGAGGAGGAUGUGAGAGGGACUGGAGACCAAGCAGCAUCUCCUUCCUCUGGCUGCCCGUACCUGUGCACCCACCCACAUUUAUUUUUAUUCUUUGUUUCUGCAGAGCUCUGCAGAUGGAGAUCAUAAAAUUAAAAAAGGGGGGAGGAACGGCAUUGUUCCUCUCCUCCCCCCCCCCUGGUUUUAUUUAUUUUUUACUUUUUUAGAGGCACAGGGCCGCCUCCAAUGCCAAAAAAAGUCAGGGUAAGUGCCUGACUUUUUGGGAGCGGAGUUUCCAGGGUUUGCGCCCGGAUGGCUUCGCAAUGGCGGCUGCAUCAUGUAGAUGACUUGCCAGUACUACGAAGCAACCCUGGGGCAAACCCUUUGUGUAGACAUGCCCUAGUUCAGCAAAUUGCUAGGAAAAGGUAACAGUAAAUUCAUCAUCUAGCUUACACCCGCCGAUAUCAAAAUUUGCUCCGGUAAAUGCAAACCUGGGAUCAUGCAGAUGUAAUCAUAAAGAAUUUUCUGCUACCUUGUUGCCAUUCUGUGGCAAACAAUCUACUUUGCAUACUGAAUUCUUUAUAACUUGCAGUGCUAGUUAGAAUUAUCUUUAAAAAAAAAUCCAACAUCUUUCCUAAUUAGUUGGGGUGUGGGUGCGUCUGGAGCUGACCUUUUUUAGUUAAUUGAGAAGAAUCCCUCCCUCCCCGAUUAACCUAACCACCCAAUCAGACCGCCCAGAGAGCUUCGGCUAUGGGGCGGUAUAUAAAUUUAAUUAAUUAAUAAAUAAAUAAACGUUACAGAUUUAGUUUGUAUGCAUUAUAUAUAGAUUUCACCAUAAUCAUCUGCACUUUGUGUAUUUUGCUGUUUUUAUAUUUCAUUCUAUAACUUUUGAACUUGAAUUAGGGAUAUUAAAGGAAAUAAUUUCAGUGCAUUUUUUAUGAGGAUUUACCCAAUUUGCACCUUCUGGACUCAACAUGGAAUCUGUGGUUGAAGUCUGUCCAUUUCUGAGCUUGCAAUGCAAUUCACAGACCAAAAAAAAUAUGUUCAACAUUAUGUGUACAUUUGAAAAAGCACACAAAUACACUUUAAUUAAUGAAAGGAUGCGUACAUUUGAAAGAUAUGCACAAUUAAUGCAUACAUUUAGAAAACUAUGCACAAAAGUACACAUGGGUUUUUAUGUGGGAAGUGCUUGUAGCUUCUGACUCUAUAAUUAUCAGAGUUGUAUUAUUGUUGUAUUAUUUUAGAGUAAUACUUCUAAUUGAGAAAGGGGUGUGUGAUAUAAGGUGAGUAAAGGUUAAAUGGAGAUUGACUUAUCCAAGGCUCCUCCUGUGAUUCAGAGGGAGUUAUCACCGGCGAGGCGAUUUUUACCCUGUUCUGGACAGGGUUGCACUCUCCCUAAAGGAUCGGGUCCGUAGUUUGGGGGUGUUCGUGGAUCCAGAACUGUCACUUGAGGCACAGCUGAACUCAGUGGCAAAGACCACCUUUUAUCAGCUUAGGCUGAUAUACCAACUGCGCCUUUAUCUGGACAGAGAUAGCUUAGCUACAGUUAUCCAUGCUCUGAUAACCUCUGGCAAUGCAUUAUACGUGGGGCUGCCUUUGAAAACGGUCUGGAAACUUCAGCUGGUACAAAACAGGGCAGCCCAUUUACUAACAGGGAUUGGUCGGCGAGACCACAUCACACCAGUCCUUUUAUAACUUCAUUGGCUGCCAGUCCAUGUCCGGGCCCGAUUCAAAGUGCUGAUACUAACAUUCAAAGCCCUAAAUGGCUUGGGGCCAGGUUAUUUGAAGGAACGCCUCCUCCCACAUGUACCUGCCCAGACCUUAAGAUCAUUCACAGGGGUCCUUCUAUGUGAGCCCCUGCCAAAAGAAGUGAGGCAGGUGGCUACUAGGAGGAGGGCUUUCUCUGCUGUGGCACCCAUACUGUGGAACAAGCUCCCAAGAGAGGUUCUCCUGGUGCUUACACUGUUUUAUUCUCCCAGCAUUUUAACAGUCUAUAAAUAAAUUUUAACUUGGUGUUUUAAAUUUGUAGUUUUGCAUUGCUGCUGUUUUGAUCUGGUUGAGCUUUUAUGUUGUAUUUUAUAUUAUGGUUUUAUACUGUAGUUUUGUACUUUGAAUGGUUUUAAUUUUUGUGAACUGCUCAGAGAGCUCCAGCUAUUGGGUAGUAU